AUGGACUAUCUAUUCUGGAGGAAAAAGAAUAUCAUAGCAUUAGACCAAGACAGGGAUCCUUAUCCCUGGAUAAUAUGGUAUAUAUGGAAGGCUCGCAAUGAUAAGCUCUUCAGGGGAAUAGACAGAUAUCCUUUGGAGCUAGUCCGAUAUGCAGAAAGCGAAUGCCAAGCCUGGUUUAGUGCAAACGAGUUGAUACCACCGGUAGUGCAAGACAACAACAAUGAGGAAAACCAUGUCUUAAGCUUGGGCAAUAUUUGCCUCGUGGAUGGAUCAUGGACAGCUUCUGAUAGCUUCAGUGGAUGUGGAUGGGCUUGGAUGGAUAGCGGGGAGAACAUACAACUUAUGGGUACACGGAACUUCACUCGAUGUGAAUCAGCAUUGCAUUCUGAGAUAGAAGCACUGCGCUGGGCGAUGGAGAACAUGCUUCAAAACUCGCCAUGUCAGAGCUUUGGAACAGACUAUUUGCGACAGAAUUGGAGAAGAUAG